AUGUACUUCAGCAGCUUUCCCUUUGGGGAAGACAUACCGGGGCAUGGCAGGCCCAGGGGGCCGCCAAAGGAGCGGAACACAACCAAGUUCUACGAGCUGCUUGAAGUAGAUAAAAACGCCUCCGUACAAGACAUAAAGAAAGCAUACCGCAAGCUGGCCAUUAAACACCACCCAGACAAGGGAGGAGACCCAGAGAAGUUUAAGGAAAUAUCCAGGGCCUAUGAAGUGUUGAGCGACCCCGAAAAGAAGAGCAUCUAUGAUGAGCUGGGCGAGGAAGGGCUUGAAGGGGGAGGCGCGGAAACGGACCCCUCAGACAUUUUUGAUUUGUUCUUUGGGGGGAGAAGGCCAGGCAGACAGCAGAGCAAGAAAAAGGGGGAAGACAUUGUCAGCCCCAUCAAAGUCACUCUUGAACAGAUAUACAACGGUGCCCCUCGCCGCAUGGCCAUCAACAAGGACGUAAUAUGCAAAGAUUGCGAGGGGAGGGGAGGGCCAGCUGAUGCCUUCAUAACUUGCAAGGAAUGCGACGGCUCCGGUGUGAAGGUCAUGAUCCGCCACCUCGGGCCCAUGAUUCAGCAGACCCAGGGAAUUUGCUCCAGUUGCAAGGGCCAGGGUCGCAGCAUUGAAGCGUCCAAGCGCUGCAAGACAUGCGGAGGAAAGGGAGUUUGCAAAGAGAGGAAGAUCCUUCAGAUCUUCAUCGAGAAGGGUGUGAAAAACCACCACAAGAUUGUCUUUAGGGGGGAGGCCGACGAGCGGCCUGGGGAGAUCCCAGGAGAUGUUGUUCUUGUUGAGCACACGCUGUUCAAGCGUCGAGGGAAUGAUCUGUUUAUGACAAAGAAGAUUACGUUAUACGAAGCCCUCUGCGGGUUCAAGUUCCUGCUGACGCAUUUGGACGGUCGCCAGCUGCUAAUACAGGGGAGUCCGGGAGAGGUCGUGAAGCCAGACGCCGUAAUGUGCGUCAAGGGGGAGGGAAUGCCGAACCAUAAGAAUCCAUUCAUCCACGGGGAACUGUAUAUUGUCUUCGACGUCGAGUUUCCUCAGAAGGUGCCGGAGUCUUUGCAUGCCAAGUUCCGCGAGAUUCUUCCCCAGCCAGAGUCCACUCCCAUGGUCGAUGAGGAUGACCCGAAGAUCGAGCAUCACGUCUGCGAAGGCGUGACCCCUGAGGAGCUGCGAGCUCGGCAACAACAGCAACGGACUCAGGGCUCAGGAGAGGCGUACGAAGAGGAUGAAGACGAGGGUCAUUCAGGUGGCCCGCAAAGAGUGCAGUGCCGGCAGCAGUAG